UAAAAAUUACAAAUUUUGUUAGAAAUUAUUAAUAGUGGUGAUAACUUUUUUUUUUUUUUUUCAUCUAGAGUCCAUGGAAUGUCGAGUCUCUUGUUCAUAGGCUGGGAUGAUGCUAGAAUCGUGUAGGUGAAACCCCCUCAGAACAGAUAUUUCAACAUUCUUGUUGUCAGGGCAAGUGAAUACUACCAACAUGAGUGAAGCACAGGCACGUGUCCUUGCCAUGGCCAUUCUGGACAAUGAAGAGGUGAUCAAGAAACCUGUUAUGGCUUCAACCAUCGAUCAGGUUGAAGCAGAGUUGAGACAGACGUGCACGUAUCUUUCCAACUCGUCCGUAAAGAGAAUCCUGGUCUACGACAAUUUUUUUGAGGAGUUUGUGGAUAAACCAAACCAUCCUUUAGAGGACAGAGAGAAGAUAAAGCUUUAUUUCACAUCAUCUGCGCCUCCAACAGUCACACCCCCUUUAAGGCCAUCAACGUCAUCUUCAUCCCCCUCGAGGCCCUCCACGUCGGCAUCGCCUUCAAGGCCUUCUACUUCCUCCAGACCAUAUGGGACAUCUCAAACAACAUUGAUGUUUGGUAAAGAUGGCUUGAAGAUCAACAAAGAGCCACCUGUGGUUAAAUCGAACGAGGCAUUGGAAAAGGAAAUAGAAGAAAGGUCGAAAAUUUUCGGCAAGGAUGGCAAACCCGUGAAUCGCUAUGGUAAGAAAAUAAAUGCCACGUCAUUUGCCCUAGCUAAGGAGGAACCUUCUCUCCUGCAAAACAGAGGGAAUCUACUUCAAGCUGCAAGGAAGGCACUGCAUGACUCGGGGUAUGAGUAUGCCCACGGAAAAAAAACUCGGAGCCAAAAAUUUGGCAGACACCAAAAAGAGAAGGAAGUUGAGAAGUACACCUGUGAAGCUGCACGUCAUGAACGCUCAACAGAACUGAAUGAAUCAAUCUCCAGCCUGCAAAAACAAGCCGAAUACUUAGAAAAGGCCAAAGAGAAAGCCGUGAACUCGAGUCUCUUCUGUGAGGCUGCCACAUUGGAGCAUCAGGGGUCAGAGUUGAAGAUGAAAAUUAGAAGAGAAAACAUAGAGUUGAUGGAGAUACAGCAACACAGCAGCAAGUUACUGAAGAGAAGAAAUAGCAGGAAACGAAAUAAGAGUGGAAAGAAUGCACAAACAGACCUUCAUUAUUUCAAUUCCUGAACAAACUAAAGUGCCACUUAAACCCUUUCUAAGUCAAGAUUGGCCGAAUUGACCCUUCCCCUAGUUGGAGUUGUUGCAGACCAUGUUUGUGAUAUUUACUGCUUUUUAUGACUUUGAAAUGAAUAAUAUUGGUCUAAGAGAAGAGGCAAAACAUGCAAGCCGCCAUCUUGGAUUAUAAUGUAGGCACACAUUUUUUGUCCAAUGAGGACAACCACAAGUCAUUGAUGUGCCAGAGAACAGAUUUUCACCAAAAGGUUUAUUAAGAAUCAAGAUACAGUCAAACCUCUCUAUAAAGGCUACCUGCGUAUAGUGGCCAUGUACUUUGCCUCCAUCGAGAAAGAAAUAUGUGUUUACCUGUCUAUAGAUUGAGGCCAUCUGCCUACAGGGGCAACUUUCACUGUUUCCCUUGGGUUACCUCAAUAGACAGUUCUGACUGUACGUUUCAAUUACUUCAAAUCAAGUCGGGCAAGUACUAGUGUGCACAAUUACAUUUGCACCUUGUACUAUAUACAGAUCUGGGCCCCGUCUUACAAAGAGUUGAUAUCAAUCGUAACUUAUUUGAGAUUGAUAUCAAUCGUAACU